UCUGGUCCACAAGGAGCUAAUGAUCAACCGGUCAGUGGAGAGCUUGAAGUACUCAGCCCGCCUUGGGUCUCCAGGCCCCUAGGCUCAGGGAGGAAGCAGGGCAGGAAACAGGGGGGCGGUGGCAGUACUGAUCAGUCAGCCAGCCGGCUGUGGGCGGCCCCUGCCUGUCCAGGCCAGCUGGAGACAGACAGCCUGUGGGCCGGCCAGUCAGCACGGAGCUGAGCCAGAAGUGGCCACCUGGCACCUGCGUCCCUGGGCCUGGAAGGCGGUUCUCUGAGGAACCGAGUGCAGAAGGCCAACAACAUGUCCAGCUCUUAGCCUUGAGGCCACUGUGUGUCAUGAGGAGCUCCAGAGAGGAGGAGGUGACUUCUGAGCUAUUCACCAUGGGACGGGGACCCGAGGAGCCUCCAAGGGGCUGUAGCCAUGGGGACCAGAUCCACGGUGUAUGCGUGAGCAUGCCCACUGGUCAAGAGAGAGCAGGGCCUGAGGAGGCUGAGGCAACAGUCAAAGGUGAUGCAGCUCCUCCCCCCAGCAUGGCUGAGCUGACUGCUGAAACCUGUCCCCGCCAAAUGGCAGUGUAUCCCACAGACCUGACCCUGCAGUUGUUGGCCGUGAGGCGGAAGAGUGGACUGCGGAGCCCCAGCCUGCAGCAGGCCCUGAGGAGCCGGCUCCGCCUGCUGGAGAAUGACAGCCGGGAAGUGGCCCGUGUGCUCAGCGAAUUGUCAGCCAGGUUGCUGUCCAUCCACAGUGACCAGGACCGGAUCGUGGUGACGUUUAAGACUUUUGAAGAAAUAUGGAAGUUUUCCACCUACCAUGCUCUUGGCUUCACGCACCACUGCCUGGAGAACCUGCUGGUGGACCAGACCUUUUGGUUGCUCUCACCCAGUGAGGAGGAGGAGACGGCCAUUCUCAUGUAUGUAAGCAAGGAUGCCUUGAAGCAGACACACAAGAGCCUCCUCGCCCAGGAAGGGCCCUUCUUUGUUCUGUGUCCUGACCACCGUGUGAGAAUGACGCUGGGACCUCAGGGUGCAAGGAAGGGCUCCCAGGCCCUCAGGCGGACUUCGGGGGUCCCUCUGGGAGUGGCCAUCCUGGAGACAGACUCAUCUUCCCCCAUGCCCAGCACAUCCUCCAAGGCAGAAGCAGCAGAGGCCGAGCCAGAGCCCUUGACUCCAUUCCACCAGUGGACUCUCAGGGUCCCAUGGGAUCCUGUCGAUGAAUCCAUGGAUAGACCGGGGACGCCUGAGGCCCAGCUGAUGGGAUUUGGCCUGGCCUCUGCGGUAGCUGACUUUCAGGGCUCAGGGCCCGAAGAGAUGUCCUUCUGUGUUGGGGAUGUCAUCGAGAUCAUCGGUGCCCAGGUGCCUGGCCUGCCCUGGUGUGUGGGCCGGCACGUGGCCUCUGGCCAGGUGGGCUUUGUGAGGACUGGCCUCGUCAGCAUACAGGGCCCGGCAUCUGAUCUGGAAAGUGCACUUUUCCUUAGUGAGGAAGAAAGAUCAUUCUUCCGCAGAGAGGGCCAUUUCUCAGAUGAGGAUGCUCGGCGGCUCCUGAGCAGAACAUCUGGCACAGAUGUGUGUACCACAUGCAGCCUGGACUGGUUAGAAGAAGCUGAGGGUGAGCAUCUGGAGCAACGAGGUAGGUGCCACCCUGCGGCUCAGGUUCCUCCACUCUUGGCUGAGUCUCAGGUACCAGAAAUGACUCUGUCUCGCCUGAACCCAGAACCACACGAGACGCUGCACAUGGUAAAGGACAUUCUAGAACGGUGCAAGGCUUGCCCCGACCACCUUGAAGACCCAAUAGCCCAGAGCCUGGGAGCAGUGUCCAGCAGAGUGAGUUCAGCUGACAGUGAGGAGCCCCCCUUCUGCCUGGAUCCUGAAGAUGACUGGACAGAUCCUGAGCCUCUGGACUCACUGCUGCAGGUCCUGAACGCCCCUGGUUACGAAGCCCACUUCCGGGGCCUGUAUGACAUCUCACUUCCCUGGCUGAGCACUGUCCUCUGUGGCUUUGACGAUGAAGAGGAGUUGGCUGGACGCUUGGCACAAGCCCGAGGAGUUGCCAAGAAAGUCAAUUUGGGCAUGGCCUUGGCCAGGCUCUGCCUCCUGCUGGGGCGACUGUGUGCCCGUAAACUGAAGCUAUCCCAGGCCCGGGUGUACUUUGAAGAAGCUCUGGGAGCUCUAGAGGGCAGUUUUGGGGACCUCUUCCUGGUGGCAGCAGUGUAUACCAGCCUGGCUACUGUGUACUUAAAGCAGAAGAACGGGGAGAAGUGUUUACAGGUGGCACCCAAAGCCUCAGCCCUUCUCCUCGGGACACCGGGCCACGCGUGUAACACAGACGCCGAGCUCCUGAAGUACGCACUGCGCAGGGCCAUCUGUGGCCUCAGCCCCCAGGCCGAAGCCCGGGCCUGCUUCCUGCUGGCCAGGCACUACUCCCACCUCAAGCAGCCUGAGGAGGCACUGCCCUACCUGGAGAGACUGCUUCGCCUCAACAGGGAUGUGGGGACCCCACAGGCCUCAUGGCCUGAGGACUGUUACCUGCUUCUGGCAGACAUCUAUGGCCGGAAGUGCCUGCCCCACCUGGCACUGAGCUGCAUCAGGGUGUCCUCACUGUGGACUAGGUGCUCAUUGGCCGGCUCCUUGAGGAGCGUGGACCUGGUACUCCAGAAUGCUCCUGGGCCAAACAGCCAAAGGAGGGCAAGCCACCACCUCCCCUCCCAGAUUGCUUACUACCUCAGGCAGGCAUUGGCCUCUCUCACUCCGGGCAUAGGACGGGCACUGUGUGGACCUCUAUAUGCCAGUCUGGCUCAGCUGUACAGCCACCAUCAGCAGCACAGCCAGGCCAUUGCCUUCAUGUCUCAGGCUGCAGAAGCUGACACGGCAGCUGGGAUCCACGCUGUCGUGGACCGCUUGGUAGCACUUGCCUGGCUGCACAUGCUUUGUGGGAAGAGCGUAAUAGCCAUGGACAUCCUGAAAUCCAUUUCAGAUGCAGCCGUGGCCAACAAGGCCCAGGAGUGUGUGAUGACCAACAUGGUAGCCAUGGCUCUGAAGAGGAUGGGCAGGACCCGACAGGCUGCUGAAGGCUACUUCCGAGCUCUGCACAUGGCCUACAGCCAGGGCCACCUGCAGAGCCAGGCAGUAGUCCUGGCUAACUUUGGGGCCCUGUGUCUGCAAGCUGGUGCCCGCAGCUUGGCACAACACUACCUGCGGGAGGCUGUGGGGCUCUUCUCCCAGCUGCCCAGUGGUGUGUGUGGCCGGGACUUCACCCAGGUUCUCCUGUGGUUGGGCCAACUGUGCACCCGCCGGGCCCUCUCCCAGCAGGCCAAGUGCUACUACGAGUGGGCCUUUCUGGUGGCUGUGGAAAUGGACCAUCUGGAGAGUCAGUUACAGGCUGUGCAAAAGCUGUGCCACUUCUACAGCAAGGUCAUGCCCAACGAGGUGCGAUGUGUUAUCUACCAUGAGUUCCAGCUGGCGCUGGCGCGCAGGACGGCUGACAAGGUGCUGGAGGGUCAGCUCCUGGAGGCCAUCAGCCAGCUCUACCUGUCUCUGGGCACCGAGCGGGCCUACAAGUCUGCUCUGGAUUACACCAAACGGAGCCUGGGGAUUUUCAUUGACCUGCAGCAGAAGGAGAAGGAGGCGCGUGCCUGGCUGCAGGCCGGCAAGAUCUACUAUAUCCUGCGCCAGAAUGAGCUGGUGGACUUGUACAUCCAGGUGGCACAGAACGCGGCCCUGUGUACAGGGGACCCCAAGCUGGGGCUGGAGCUGUUUGAGGCGGCUGGGGACAUCUUCUUCAAUGGCACCUGGGAGCGGGAAAAAGCUGUAUCUUUCUACCGGGACCGGGCACUGCCCCUGGCUGUGACCGUAGGGGACCAAGAGGCAGAGCUGCGCCUGUGCAACAAGCUGGUGGCCCUUCUGUCUGCACUGGAAGCACCCCAGGAGGGCCUGGAGUUCGCCCAUGAGGCCCUAGGACUCAGCAUCACCCUAGGUGACCGCCUGAAUGAGCGCGUGGCCUACCACCGGCUGGCCACCCUGCACCACCGGCUGGGCCACGGAGAGCUGGCUGAGCACUUCUUCCUCAAGGCUCUGUCACUCUGCAACUCACCCCUGGAAUUCGACGAGGAGACCCUGUACUAUGUGAAGGUGUACCUGGUGCUGGGUGACAUCAUCUUCUAUGACCUGAAGGACCCCUUUGAUGCAGCUGGGUACUACCAGCUGGCACUGGCAGCGGCUGUGGACCUGGGCCAUAAGAAAGCUCAGCUGAAGAUUUACACACGCUUGGCCACCAUCUACCACCACUUCCUCAUGGACCGGGAGAUGUCCCUCUUCUUCUACCAAAAAGCAAGGACCUUUGCCUCAGAACUGAAUCUCCGCAGGACCAACCUGGUACCCCAGCGCUUCUGUGGCCUAGCAUCCUGGCUGGCCCCCGGCUACUCAUCCUGACACCCUGAGAAAGACUUGUACAAGAGGACUUAUUUUUCGGGUGUGGGUGACUUAUUUUGGGGGUGGGGGAUGCUAAAGAAAGGACCAAACAAUAGUAAAUAUCUUUCAGCA